AUAACAAAUUGAUUGGCAAUGAUUGUAAUUGAUGUUUUCUUUCUUCUUGGUAUUAUUAUCUGGGAGCAUUUCAUAUCCUUUCUACGUCUUAUGGUUAGGCCACACGAAAAAAUAAUUGCUGGAGAAAUUUGUUUAAUAACUGGAGCUGGUAGUGGUCUCGGACGACUUCUGGCACUAGAGUUUGCAAAACAGAAGGCAAUCCUGGUGUUGUGGGAUAUUAAGACCGAAGGCAAUGAAGCUACGGCGAAGUCUGUGAGAAAGCUGGGAGCAAAGGCUUAUACUUACACCUGUGAUCUGAGCAAACGGGAUAGUAUCUAUAAAACAGCGGAGCUGGUCAAGAAAGAAGUGGGAGAUGUGACAAUCCUGGUUAAUAACGCUGGGGUAGCGUCCGGGAGACCUUUGCUGGAGUGUCCAGAUGCUCUACUAGAAAGGACGAUGCUGGUCAAUUGUCAUGCACAUUUCUGGACAGCUAAAGCAUUUCUUCCAAAGAUGAUUGAGAUGAAUCAUGGGCAUAUUGUGUCUGUCGCAAGUUUUCUGGGGCUGUUCAGUACGGCGUAUGUUCAGGAUUACUGUGCCAGUAAGUUUGCAUUGGUAGGAUAUCAUGAAUCAUUAUCCCAUGAACUGAAAGGAUGGAACAUGGAUGGAAUAAAGACAACCCUGAUUUGCCCUUAUCUGGUAGAUACCGGCAUGUUCCACGGAUGCCAAAUCCGGAAGGAAUUUCAAUUCCUUGUUCCACCUUUAAAGCCAGAGUACUGUGUGAGGGAAGCCAUGAAAGCAAUUCUUAUAAAUCAGCAAAUGAUAUGUAUUCCAAGGCUCAUGUACUUUGCAGCAUUCUCAAAAACCUUUCUACCAUGGGGCGCAAUUGUAGAAAUGUACAGAUUUCUUGGUAUGGACAAGUGCAUGCAUUCAUUUGUGAAUCGGAAUAACCAAGCUAUUGGAAGCAAAAAGAAAUGACGUGGAACAGAAUCAGAAAAGACUUAAAUAUUAAUGUUCCUUGGCUCAAUUUCCAUGUAAGUUCCUUCGAAUAUUAUACUCUGUACUAAUAGGUAUGUUCCCAUUGUUAAACAUUACAAUUUAAUUUUAACAUGAAACAGUGAUAAUGUAUUCAAUAAAAUUUGGUCAAUGCGUCCAUUGAGAAGAUUGUCACUUGGAGCAAUUCUCUACUGUAAAUGUUACGUU